AACAAAUAUAAACCUCGUAACAGAAUUACCUGUUUCAUUUUAGGCCGCACCAACAGAUAUUUUAAACUUUGCCCGAAAACCAUGGCCGGAGUAUUGAACGUUCCACUGGCGCCAAUUUCAGCUCACAGAAAACUCUAUAAAAACAACAGAGUUUUGUUUGUAAAAUCAAUGACUCAAUCUUCAGAUAAUAGUGUGAGCAGCACUAAAGAAGAACUUAAAUCAAGUUCUUCGUUUUCGGCGCCUUUGAACUUCAAGGCGCCGAAACCUAAGCCAUUUACGCCGAGAAGUGAUAAGAUUUUUGAUAUAUUGGGUGCUUCUCUUGGUUUGGUUUUUCGUCUUGGUACUGGUAUUGCUGUUUCUGGGUAUUCAGCAUCUUUUGUCUCCGAAAAUGAGGUUCCAUCUGAUCAGUAUGCACUUGGAAUUUCUGGCUUCAAGGUGAAGGAGAGUUCAAAAGUAGGUCCUCGACCUGAGAAGCCAAUCGAGAUAUAUGAGUUUGAAAGCUGCCCGUUUUGUAAGAAGGUUAGGGAAAUAGUUGCUGUUUUAGACCUUGAUGUUCUCUUUUAUCCUUGCCCAAGAAAUGGUCCGAAUUUCCGUCCCAAGGUUGGUCAGAUGGGUGGAAAGCAGCAGUUCCCCUAUAUGGUUGAUCCAAACACUGGAGUUGCUAUGUAUGAAUCAGAUGCCAUUAUUAAGUACUUGGUUGGAAAAUAUGGUGAUGGAAAUGUCCCAUUUAUGUUGUCCCUUGGUCUUUUCACUACACUUACUGCAGGCUUUGCCAUGAUUGGUCGAACGGGGAAGGGGUCUACCUAUACGCCAUCUAAAAUGCCAUCCAAGCCAAUUGAGCUAUGGGCAUACGAGCCUUCUCCAUUUUGCAAAGUUGUACGUGAGGUACUUGUAGAACUAGAGCUACCCCACAUACAACACAGUUGUGCUCGUGGUAGCCCCAAACGCCAGGAAGUAUACAAGAGAGUUGGUCAUUUCCAGGUCCCAUACUUAGAAGAUCCAAAUACUGGAGUCCAGAUGUUUGAAAGUGCAGAUAUUGUGGAAUAUAUACAGGCAACUUAUGCCCUUUAAGAAGAGAAUACUUGCCAUGAGGGUAAAAGUUUCCUCUUUACAAAUUGAACGGAAGAUGAGUUUUUAUCAUGAGGAUGAAUAGAGAAAAAGCUAAGUUGGUCUCGAGGAACGUGAUGUUUCAUUACUACUCCUCUGUCUCAAUUUAUUUGGCACACUUUCCUUUUUAGUCUGUCCCUAAAAAGAAUGUCAUACUUCUAUAUUUAGGGGUGGAAAAAAGUAAAUUUAAAUUUCACCUUUUACGCUUCACGAGAUGAUCUAUAACCACACAAAUAUGUAUAGAUUAUUUUGGACCAUAAGAUUCAAAAGUCUACAUUUCUUUCUUAAA